AUGAGUAUAAUACCAGAGUCUGCUCCUAUGCAUCCAGACUCGUCGAAAGCGUUUCAUUCAUUAAGAGCCGUUGAUGUACAAGAUUAUUAUAAGUCUUGCAUAAACCAAUUCUACCAAUGUAUCUACGAUUUAUUGAAUCUGAACGAUACAUCCGACUUAGAAGAUGAAUCAGAGAGUAAUAUUCCGACAUAUUUGCACUAUGAGGUACUAGAUCCGAUUGUGAGAAGCACUUGUGAAUCGUAUUUAAAACUGCUGACUCAAAUGAAACAAUCAAAACAAUUAACUGAUGACACAGCAAGAGUAAAGAAAGAAUACAAGCUUCUUUCUGACCAAUGUGAGACUUUUACAUUAGAUACAUGGGAUAAGUAUGUCUCGAAAGAGUUGACUGCUCCAAAAUUAUCAGAGUUGUUUAACGAUCGUUCUCAACUUAAUAAUCCAAACACUCAGACCGCUAACGCCUUGCCAACUAUAGAAUUAGAAAAGGAUAAGUUACUGAGAGUGUUGCCAUACCUAUGGCAGAACCCUGCAAAUGUUAUUCCAGAUGAAGUGAUACGAGGUGCUCCAAUUAACCAAUCCAACACGGAUGAUGAUUUGAAGAUAGAGGGUGGUGUAAUUGAAUUGACAUGCCCCAUCACAUGCAAGACAUACAGACGCCCAAUGAUUUCAAAAAAAUGUGGACAUGUGUUUGACGAACAAGGUAUCAAAUCGUAUUUGGAAACUCAAGGUGAAAGAGAUUGUCCACAAGCUGCUUGUAGUCAGAAAGUAAAAUUAAGCGAUUUCUCUCUUGAUAAAAUAAUGAUUUUAAGAUGUAAAAUAAACAAAAUAAAGCAAUUAAGAGUCAAAGAAGACAAUGAUAAAUUGAAUCAAGAACUAGACAUAUUGUAA